AUGUUACUGAAUGUAUUAUAUUGCUUCCUCCCACAACUGAUUAUAUUAAUAUUAUUCAUUAAUGAAACUAAUGGCAAUACUAUCGAUGCUAAUACUGCUAUAAGUAAUGAUGACGAUGCAUUCUUUCGUCAUAUUUUCAAAUUCUUAUAUGAAAAUGAACAUUUAUGUGGUGACGUAUUUGCUGAACCACAAUGGCUUCCGGCACAAAAUGAUUGUCAAAUUUUAUGUCCGGUGACAAAAGGCUUAUGUCUAAUACAUGUUAAUUUGAGCAAUAAUGGGGCCCGAAUACAUAAACAGAAAUGUCGUCAUUUUCAAUCAAACUGCACCAGUGAAUUGCAACGAUUGUUAACAACUUCUGUAUUCACCAAUACAACUCCUAUUGCAAUUGCUGAUAUUACUCUAACCAACAUUACCAAUACCACAAUAAAUAACACAAAUAAUGCUAUCAAAUAUCAUAAGAAGGAAGUAUGGAAUAAACUACAUGGAAGAAUUCAUGCAGAUCGUUCGGAUAGUAGCAGUAGUAGUAGCACAACCGAUGCGACAUUUCAGCCAACAUCUGAAAUAUGGAAUAGACGUAGUGGAAAACGGAAAGAAACUCAGUUUAAAAGAAAUUUUCAUGGUAAGAUCAUUAACAAUCAAAAAUCUACCCGUAGUUAUAGAGUGAAUGAAUAA